AUGGCAACGAACCAGGCAGCUUGGCUCCGUGAAGCCGGUAAGCCCCUCGAGGUUUCUGAAGCCCACAUGCCCACCGCCGGCCCAGACGAAAUCGUCAUCGAGAACGCCGCCAUCGCCAUCAAUCCCCUCGACAAUCAUAUGCAGGACAUCGGUGUCUUCGUCUCGGAAUUCCCUGCCAUCAUCGGGUGUGACGUCGCCGGUAUUGUUCACGAGGUGGGCGCAAAGGCUGGCGAUCGCUUCAAGAAGGGAGACCGGGUUAUCGGCCACACCAUCAACCUGAUCACUAGCAAGUCUCGCGAUGGCGCGUAUGCACGCUACACCGUUGUCAAGGCCAACAAGGCUGCCAUUCUUCCGGACAAGAUUCCUUUCAAAGACGGUGUGGUAGUCCCCUUCGCUCUUGAAGCGGCUGUCUGCUCUCUGUCCGUCAAGGAGCCUGGCACUGCCCUGCCCAACGUCCCCACCCCGGCUCUUGGUCUGCCAUACCCCGUCCUCGGCACCGCCACCAAAUCUGCUGCCACGUCAAACAAGACGCUCGUCGUAUACGGCGGUUCGUCUUCUGUUGGAAGCAUGGUCACCCAGCUGGCUACCGCAGCAGGGAUCCGCGUCAUCGCCAUCGCCAGCGCCAAGAACUCGGCCCUGUGCGAGACCGCCGGGGCCGAGGCCGUGAUCGACUACCACAACCACCCGGACGACGUCGAUGCCUUUGUCGACGAGGUCGCCGCAGCCGUUAACGCCAAGCCGGGACAGGAGCUCGUCGGCAUCUUCGACGCCAUCUCCAUCCCCGAGACAUUUGCCCGCGACCUGGCGAUCCUGGCGAAGCUGGGUGGCCAGGGCCACCUCGCGUGCUCUCACCCGCCUCCCGCCGAGGGUGUGCCGGAGGGCGUGCACGCGGGCAUGAUCUUUGGGGUGAACGAUGUGGCCACCCCCGUUUGGCGCGACUAUGUGACUCCUGCGCUGGAGGCGGGCGAAUUGAAAUGUCUGCCCCCGCCGACUGUCGUGGGAAAGGGUUUGGAGUAUCUCCAAAAGGCGUUGGAGAUGUGCAAGGCUGGUGUUAGUGCGACCAAGAUUGUCGUGGAGCUCUAG